AGAAUCUGUGACUGAAUGCUGUGCCUGGCGGACAGGAGUAAAGAAAUUAAACAGCCGAAUUCCAGUUCUCCUUCCAUUGGGAGGGGAUAUGAGAUUUUCCCACCUCUUCCCUCCCUCGUCUCAGACAAAGCUGGGAUUCCAAUCAUUCCUGGCCAAGUGUGGAGAAAAGCGAGCCUGACACUUCCACUCCAGCAGACCUGCAAACACCAGGAGCGAAGAAUGCUGUUAGAUGCUCAGAAUACUUGCAGCUAUUCCGUAAUGACCCCACAGAAUGAUCUGGUUCAGGGGGAAGAAUGCCUCGCCCACAUAAAAGAUUUGGAAGGGACACUGAGGAACCAGAUUGAUAAAAUGGAGCACCUCAAACUAAGUGUAAUGGAGGUACUCAACAGUAGCACCACCAGUACUGGCUUCAAUUACAUCCAGCAAACCAGCUCGGAGUUAAAGAUGUCCAUAGCCGCACAUGCAGCCUUUCUCAAUGACCUUAAUGAUCGUAUGGAUUCACUGAAGAUUAGCUCAACGCUCUGGCUACGGGUGAACACAAAGCCCAAGGUCUGGAGGAGGAGACAAAGUUUCAGACGUUUCAGCAUACGCUCUCGUCUCUGUGAUGACACUCAAUCUGAGCAGGGAUGGAGCCCAGUGUGGCCACGAAGGAAUAGCGAUGCUACUUCUGAAAUGUCCUGCACUUGGUGAAACUGUCAUCAAGCAUUUCAUAAAAGGAGAAUAUUUGUGUAAUAUUGCAUGAAAUACAAUAAAAAAGGGGGUAUUUACUGUA